UUUGAAUUGAAGAUUAUAAAAUUAAAUAAGAUGGGCUGUUGUCUUUGCAUACCCACCAAGCCAAUGAACUAUAUGAAUGAUGUUCCUAAUUACUCUCUUUAUUUCCAUGCACGUGUGUGGAACCAGCAUACGCAUGGUCUGUUUGAUUUUGAUAUGGAUAAGGAAAUAUUUGACUCCCAAGACGUCAUCAAUUCCUUCUUUACUACUAAAAAGAACUGAUUUUUAUACUCUUAUAACGAGAAGGUGAAUACCUUCGUGCCCACAUGUGAGAGAGAAAAGGCUGAAAGAGAAUUGUUGCUCAGUAUUGCCUUCAAAAAUGGCAGAUAUUGGAUCAUGCCUAGCAGAGACUUUACAAUGAUAGAUGCACUAGUCAAUCCAUCCGAGCAAGCCUGGAUUGUUUUGAAAUAACAUGAAUAAGAAUAUAUUCAAAGAAAAAUAUAAAAAGAAAUAUGGCUACAGACUUACUGGGGGAGACACUAUAAAAUUUGGCAGAGUCAGGUUCGUAGUUAAGGUCAUCAGCGAUUCUGACUACGAAGCCAAGCCCACACUGAUUAUGAAGGAGGAACAAGAAGAAGAAGAGAAAAAUGAGCCUGGAGAUGCUCAAAGAGAUAAAACCUUUGAGGAAUUUGAUAAGUUCAAUGAAAAUGAAAAUUUUCAGGAUGGAGGGUUCAGCCAACGCAACAGAGUUGAAGAUGAAGCAAGCAUGAAUAAGCUCAAGAAAUCCCUGAAGAUUCUUCAGACCAUUCCUAAGCAAUCUUAUGAAAGUUCAUUAUUCUUUGAAAUGAUGAGCAAGCCAGUUGAAGAUUUCAUGAGUGAAAGAUCCUCUGAAGCAGAUGAAAAGUAUAAGGAUGACGAAGUUGUUGUCGACCUUAUCGAAAAGCUACCCACUGAGGAUAAGGUGUGCAGGAUUUGUCUUGGAAACGAGACAGAGGAUGAAAAUUGUGAAGAAAAUCCUCUAUUUGCUCCCUGAGUCUGAGCAGGAACUAUGAAAUAUGUACAUCUUGACUGCAUGAAGCAAUGGGUACAUGCUAAAAGACACUCUAAAGAAGGUUCUAGAGUAAAGUCCUACAAUUGGAAAAAUCUUGAAUGAGAGUUAUGUAAACAUAAAAUCCAUGAAGAGUUCGAAUUCAAAGGGAGAAAGUAUUACUUAUUAGAUUAUUAUCGACCAACUGAAGGUCACUAUUUAAUUCUGGAAUCAUUCACUAAUACUCCUCAUAAAACCAUUCAUGUGAUAACUAUCUCUGAUGAUGAAGCCAAUAGAAAGAAAGAAUACCUCAUAAAAGUAGGAAGAGGGGCUGAAGUUGAUGUGAGAAUCACUGAUAUAAGUGUUUCAAGAGAACAUUCAAAGAUAUAUUUUUCUAAAGGUGAGUUCUACUGAAUUGAUAAUUACUCAAAAUUCGGAACUGUAGCACUUUUAAGGCAGCCAAUAUCUCUUCCUCAAAAGGGGGAGCAUUAUUUUCAGCUCCAAGUUGGCAAACAUCUCAUUGAGAUUGAAUCUGAGAGUCAUAUGAAUUGAUGUUUCUGCAAUAUUACCAAUAGGAUAAACAAGAAAUAUAAAGGGCCGCUAUACGAUGAUUUUAAGCAUUUAUUACCUCAUCACUUCAGCAGAAAGUUGGAAUGUUUAGACAAUCUGACUAAAGUGCUUGAGACUCUCAAUGUCGAGGAAGCUGAAGAAGACCUUAACCGUGAAAUCACCCGUCUCAAAUUAGCAAAUGAGAGCUUAGUUUCGCAAAGAACUAUGAUGAACAAACCUGUACUUCCUGAUAUUGAGGAUGUAGAGAAGUUUCAUACCCAAGAUCUUCGGAUGAGUGAUAGGAAUGCUGAAGAUAGAGAAGACGGUAUUGAUCAGACCAGUUUACAUCCCAAAGAAAUGAACACCAUGAAUGAUAUUUCUCAAAGAAAGAUAGUCCCAACCUAUGGAGACACUAGCGUGAACGGGGGAAAAGACGUCCAUAUCAGCAUGGGUCAAUCCACAAUGGUUAUGACUUCAAGCCCUAGCCGGAAUGUCAUAAAUAAAGUUUUAAUGAAGAAUAAUUCAACUAAAGAGAAGUUUGCAGAACAGAACCAUAGUGUUCCUUCUGGAAAUCAAUUUACUCUGAAUGAGAACAAUUCUUCGAUAGUCAGAGGAGAAAUGAGAGAUAAGCCAAUGAAGGUUUCCAAGAUGCUUUAUGAAGAAUAUAAACACCCUAAUACUAUAGAGGAGGAAAAGAAGGAAAAUCCUAUGGUUCAAGAAAGGAACUCUUCCCAUCUACCUUUCUAUAAGUCUGAUAGUGACAAUAGCGAAGAGGAAAAGGUUCAAGAAGUAGCACUGAGAAACAAUGUCUUCAUGAAGCAAAAUGAAGAUGAAUCUCAAGGUGAUGGCAAUAUACAAAUUGAGAACCUAAAGAAAGUUGUCAUCAAGCCACAUUUGAAUUCUUCAAAUGUAAAUUCCAGAAAGAUGAGCGAAGAAAGCUCCCAUAACAGAAGUAGUGCUAAGGUCAGCAAUAACUGGGUCUCGAGGGCGAACAGCUCAUCUUUAAACCCUCCAAACUCUCGCAAUCUUCAUAGUAGCGACAGAAAGAGAGAGGAACUUCUCAAAGAAAGUGAAGAAAUGUUACAGGAGCUCUAGAGUUGCCAUAA